AUGUCAUUACAGAACAUGAAGGAAAACAGCAGUCAGCCAUCUUUGAUGCUGUACUCAUUUGCACUGGUCACCAUGUUUGUUUAUCCUAAUCUUCCUCUACAUUCAUUCCCUGGUAUUGAGAAAUUUAAAGGCCAGUAUAUGCACAACAGAGAUUAUAAGCAUCCUGCACAAUAUGCUGGGAAGCGUAUGCUAGUAGUUGGUUUGGGCAAUUCAGGAGCAGACAUUGCUGUUGAAUUAGCACGGACAGCUGAAAAGGUGGUCCUCAGCUCAAGAAGUGGGUCCUGGAUUAUGAGCGUGAAUGUGGAUUCAUGGCUACCCCUGGACAUGGUCUAUUUGACACGCUACCGAGUUUAUCUGAACAGAAUAUUUACCCAGAGCCCAUUUCCUGAUGGCUAUAUGACACAAUGAUGGAGCAACGAUUCACCAUAUCCAUUAUGGCUUGAUGUACUGUGGCCACG